UUCUCAAUUGGAAAUUUUAAGGCUAUAAAGGGCGAUUUCGACAAUGAAUUGUUGAAUGUAUUGUACCAAGAUUCUUUUUUAAUUGAUUCUUUAUCAAUAAAUAGAAAACUAGCUCUUAAUGAUGUUCAAGAAUUUGCUCCUUCCCACUUAGCAAGAAUAUCUCAACGUCAACAGUUACAACUCAACCAAAGUUUUGAUUAUAUCUACGAUUCAUCGGCUGCAAUUGGAAUUGAUAUUAUUAUAAUUGAUACUGGAAUCAAUAAAAAACAUCCAGAAUUCACCGGAAGAGUUAAAAGAAUCGCAAAUUUCGUUAGAAAUGAAAACCAAUAUGAUGACUACAUUGGCCAUGGCUCUGCUAUAGCAGGUGUAAUUGGCUCUGAAACUUAUGGAGUAGCUAAAAAAUGCAACUUUGUCGAUAUUAAGGUCACAGACAAAAAUGGUGAUACCUAUUUAGCUGAUGUCUUAUCUGCUCUAAAUCUAUCCCUCGAUCAUGCUAAACAAACAAAGAGGCCAACUCUAGUGGUCUUAGCAAUGAGCUUAUCCAAAAACUCUUUAUUGAACCACGCAGUUGAAAAUCUUAUAUCAAAUGGUAUCCCAGUCGUUGUUGCUGCUGGCAAUAAAGGAAAACCUGCUUGCCACGAUUCUCCUGCUUCUGCUAAGGGUGUUCUUGUUGUCGGUUCAAUCAAUGAUAAAACUGAUAGAAUUGCUCACUUCUCCAAUUGGGGUGCUUGUCUCGAUGUCUUUGCCAGUGGUGUCAACGUAAUCACAACAGGGAAACGAAAUGACGAUAUUACUAUUGCUUCUGGUACUUCAAUCUCGGCUGGAAUAGCUGCUGGUUUGGUUGCUUCAUUCAUGGCAAUGGGUGACACUGGUUUAGAUGCUGUUGAAAGAGUUAAAAGCUACUCAACAAAAGAUUCAAUCUCAGGUUUAUAUUUAAAACCUUUUACUCCAAAUAAAUUAUUAUUUAAU